AACACGUCUCAAAUGUUAUGCAGUAUAUUAUUGUAUAGAGUUAAUGUGUUUGUGCAAAUUCCACUAAUUAUUUAGAGUAUCGUACGAACUCAAUUAAUUUAAACUACUCAUCAAUAAUAAAUAAUUUGUGUUUAUAUUUGUAUUUAUAGAUCAUAAUGUUUUGUAGAACCGGAUUAAGUUGGUGACAUUGUGAAGUUGUGGAAUGGAGUUGGCGGUGGAGAUAGUGGAUUACUGAAAUGACAAGAGAAAUGAAUCGUGGUUUUCGGAAUCAACGCGGUGGAAGGUCUUUUCGUGGAGGUCGACAGUUUUCAAACUUUAAACAGAGGGGAAAUAUUAGACCUCCACCUCUAAAUUUCUUUCCGCCAGGAAACUUUGUUUUCCCCCCACCAAACUUCAGUUUCCCCAGAGGAAUCAACAGGUUUCCAGCUCGGCUUCCAUUGACUCCUAAUAUUAGAAUGAUGAGGGGAGGUAUGCCACAUUGGCGUGGUGCCUCCAAGAAACAGCAACCUAAGAGGCCAAAGAACUCAUUAACUCCAAGCUCAACGAAGUCCAGAUUAAUGGAAAAAGAUGUUGGUAUUACUGAGUAUAUUAGUGCACAUGAAGGUUUCAGUGGCAUUAUUAAGCAGAGAUUUUCAGAUUUUCACGUGAAUGAAAUUACUGCUGAUGGAAGUAUAGCAAAGCUGACUGAUUUGGCACCACCUGUAGAUGUUGAACAUAAGAGACCGGAAAAUGAAGUUAUUGAAAUUCUGACGCCAGAAAUAAUGGAAAAGCUUAAGACAAUGGUAGAAACAAAGAUGGGUUAUGUUGAAAUUGAGGUGACAGAAAAAAGUAAAGAUGAUAGACGUAAGAUCCAUGAAGCAAUCAAAGAUGGCUUUGGAAAAGAGGUUUACAGCAACACAGUAGAUAGAGGGUCCAAGAAAUUUAUCACAAUCUUCAAAACCAGGAAAGGCGUGAUGCAAGACCGCCGGUCUCGUUGGCCUGCAGACAGAGGUGGAGUUUAUGUUCACUUUGUUCUGCACAAGGAGAAUAUGGAUACACAGGAAACUGUAAAUUACCUUGCAGGAAAAUUAGGGGUGAAGCCAAAUUUUAUAACCUAUGCUGGUACGAAGGACCGCCGAGCCAUGACUAGCCAGAUGAUGAGUGUCUUUAAAAUUGAUCCAGCAAAACUGGCAAAACUGAGUAAAGAAUUGAAAGGUGUUAAACUAGGAAAUUACACCUAUAAACCAACAUGCUUAAAAUUGGGAGACCUUAAAGGAAAUAGGUUCAGAAUUUCUUUGCGGAAUGUGACUGGAACAGAUGAGCAGAUUGAAGAAGCAGUCUCUAACCUUAAAGAGAAAGGUUUUAUAAAUUAUUAUGGUCUGCAAAGAUUUGGAAGCUCAUCAUCUGUUCCUACACCAGAAGUAGGAAGAGCUUUGCUUUUGGGAGAGUGGAAAGAGGCUAUAGAGUUGAUUUUGAAACCAAGAAAUACCGAUGAACCGUGGGCAAUAAAACGAGCACGGAAGCACUGGUGGGUGACAAAAGAUGCCAGAAAAGCAGCCAAAAUGUUACGCAAGAACUUUAUGAAUAUUAUUGAGUCUAAGCUCCUGUAUGGUCUGAGCAGGCAUGCUCCUGAUGAUUACGUUGGUGCCCUCCAAAACAUUCCACGGAACACUCGUCUGCUGUACUUGCAUUCAUAUCAGAGUUUGGUGUGGAACAAAAUUGUCUCUCGCAGAAUAAAGGAAUUUGGAUUACAACCUAUAGUUGGAGACUUGGUGUUUGUUGAUAACAAUGAUUAUCAAGAGGUGGUUGAUCAGGAAGGAACUGUUGUUGCAUCAGAUGAGUUCCCGAAAAGACCAAGAAAGAAAGCAAAAAAAGCUGCAAAAGAAGCAGGAAACACCCCAAACACAGCAGACGAUAUUGAAGCAGAUGACACUUGCAGCACAGAAGAAAAAGACAUAAAUGAGGCAGAAACUGAUCUUACACCAAAGUCAGACGUUGAUGUUAACAUCAUAAAAGGUGGUGAUAGUGCUGCAGAUACAUCAAAGCCAGACAUUGAUGAUAACAUCGUAAGAGAUGCUGCAGAUACAUCAAAGCCAGACAUUGAUGAUAACAUCGUAAGAGAUGCUGCAGAUACAUCAAAGUCAGACAUUGAUGAUAACAUCGUAAGAGAUGCUGCAGAUACAUCAAAGCCAGAUAUUGAUGAUAACAUCGUAAGAGAUGCUGCAGAUACAUCAAAGCCAGACAUUGAUGAUAACAUCGUAAGAGAUGCUGCAGAUACAUCAAAGUCAGACAUUGAUGAUAACAUAAAAGAUGCUGUAGAUGAAACUGCUGGGAACACAGGCAGUGUAGAGGAACCUAAAGAAAGAGAAGCUACACAAAGGGUUGUAGAGAGCAACAGGGAAAAGAAUACUGGUGAAGGUACUGCAGAAGAGAAUCCAGAGGGAUCUAAGCCAUGUGCGCUCAUUGAAUAUAAUCAGAGGACACCUUCUGUGCGAGCCAUAACUGAAGAAGAUUUGGAGAAUACAAGAAUAGAAGAUAUAGUAUUACCCCUUCCAGGUCAUAAUGUCAUAUACCCAAAUAAUGUGGUUAAAGAAUGGUACGAGGAGCUGUUGUCUGUUGAUGGGCUUUCGUUUACGGCAAUGAAGCAGAAUGUCCGGCAAUAUUCAGUGAGUGGCACCUACCGACGCAUGAUUGUGCGACCAGAAAACCUUACCUGGAAAACAAUGCAGUAUUCCAGCCUGACAUCUACGUUGAUUCAGUCUGAUUUAGAUGAGCUGAAGAAUGUUCCGGAACCAAAGGAUGACCCAGAAGGCCUGUACAAAGCCCUGAUCUUGGAUUUUUGCUUACCAUCUGCAACAUAUGCCACGAUGGCUCUCCGAGAGAUCCUCAAAGUGGAUACUUCAUCUAUACACCAAGCAUCUCUCAACAAUUACCUUGCAAAGAAAACAACUGAUGGCAAGGAAACAUCAGAAAGUAAUGUAACGAUGGAAGACGGUGAAACUGACGCCACAGCACAGAAUGAAAAUGUAGAGACUGAGGGGAACUCCACCGUAGAAGUAGAUAGUAAAACUGACACAAGGCAAGAAGACAGUGUGACUGGAGCAACAAAACGGAAGGUGGAUGAUGUUACUGAAGGAGCUGAUGGACAUGAAGUAGGUGAUGGUGCUCUUGCAGAGGUCAAGAAAAUGAAAUUGGAAGGUGAAACCUAAAACUGAAAUUCAAAAUGGUCAUAAAGAAGAUUAAUCUUAGGUAAGAAUUGUAUGUGUAUAACAGAUCUAAGGUAAGUUACUUUACACAUUGAAUGAAUUUAUUUUGAAUGUGUUCUUAGUGAUACUGCUUUUCAUACAUGAAGAAAAGUGGCUUACAAGUUCUUAUGUAGUAGGCCAUACUGAAUUAUAUAAUACAUGAAACAUAACAAUACGUGCAAACGUUUCAUCUUCUCUUACCAAACACUGCGCUUCUUCCAGUCUAGGUAAAUGUACACUGAGUGUUUCCUGUCCAUGUGUUCCAAGUCACAUUUACAGCACAUAAAUUUUUUGAUAUAUUUUACGCAACACGAAUAUGUCCAAAACAGUAUAGGAUUUUGCUUUAGUUACUGUAUAAGGAACAACAUCCUUUAGUGCAGUUAUAACCUCUCUUUUGUAUUUGUUUUGACUGAUUUUGAAAUGUUGAAUAAUAGUGAUACAUUUGUUGUCUCUAAGAGUGUUUAGAUUCAUUACCAGAGUGACAAAACAGAAUAAACUAUUUUAUAACACACAA